GCUAGGUAGGCUUCGGUUCCACGUGAGAGCGUGUGGCGUGACGCGUUCUAAGACCUGGCUGCGCGAUCGACGCCACGAUGUUGAUCAAAGAUUGCGACAUCGCCCGCUCAAAACAGCCCUACACGGCCAUUCUAUUCUCCAUUUUUGUAAUUGUUUACCACUCAACACUGCGAUGAUAUCAUGAACCUUGCCAAUACAGUCUUGCCGCCGGCCAAACACAAUAAAUUAGCAGAGAAGGAAAAACAAUGCCCUCCAAUCCCUCGAGACCAUCCCACAACCCCACCACAAAAGCCGCCCAGCCCACUCGUAGAUUCUUCGACCCCUGGAAUAGCUCCUCGACCGGCCACCAGCGCGCUGAAAACGUUCUGUCUGGCAGCACUUCAUGGCGAGACUCGCGGAACCGCAAAUUAGCUGAACAGUAUCGCGGCGGCUAUGGAGGCGGCACUCGCGUAGCAGAUAGUGUUGGGGCUGGCAGUCCUGACUUUGGUAAAGAUGGCCGAAAGCCGAAUGGCGGCUGGGAGAAGGGUCGCGCCCCACGGGAGCCAGGCCAGAAGGCCAUCAUGGACGUUGGGCAGUGGGGAUUGAAGGUUGCAAAGGUUGGUGCGCAGUCGAAAGACAAGAGCAAGUCCCUGGACGAAAACGCUAGCUGGGAAAGCCCGUUCGUAGAGAAGAGCCAGUAUUCGGAUGCUGGAGACGACAUGAGCAUACCUCCUCCAUCUGCACAGAGUUCAGAGCACACAGACCAUCCUGAAAAGCCUGAGGCGUCGACUCAACCAAAGCCACAGAUCUUCACAAACCUAACUUUCUAUAUUAACGGUAGCACGGGACCAUACAUAUCCGACCAUAAGUUAAGAUAUUUGCUCAGUGAGCACGGCGCCAGCACCUCUAUAGCUCUCGCUCGGCGGCAGGUCACGCAUGUCAUUCUGGGUACGCCCUCCAUACACUCGAUGAAAUCAGGCGCCGGAGGUGGACUCGCAAGCUCAAAGAUUCAAAAAGAGAUUCAACGAGUCAGAGGCAAAGGCGUCAAAUACAUAAGUGCUGAAUGGGUUGUCGAAAGCAUCAAAGCUGGUAAGAGGCUACCAGAGACACGAUUCGCUCGUAACGCUGGUGUGGACAUUGGAAAGGCGAAGGGACAAGGGAGUGUUUUCGACAUGCUUCAACAUGGGUGAAGCACUUGCAAGAUCAUCACAGCUAGAAUUCGGCUGAUCACGAUAAUGAGAUUUUGAGCAAGGUAUAAAGCUACGGAAACGCUAAUUCGCGCUCACACGAGACGGAAGGAAGAUCAUCCACGUACGAUCAAUGAGCCUGUAACCAUCCAAGCAUUUCAGAGUAUGCUUGAGUUUGCGAGCUCUUGAUCUUUGCGUCAUC